AUGUUUCACAAAAUCGACCCACAUUUGAAUGGUGAUAAUAAUGUAGAUGGUGGUGAUGUAGAUGAUGUAAUUAAUGGCAAUGUAGAUAAUGGCGAUGUAGACGCUGAUGAUGGCGAUGUAGAUUUUGGUGAUGUAGAUAAUGGUGAUGUAGAUCAUGGCGAUGUAAAUGAUAGUGAUGUAGACGAUGAUGAUGGUGAUGUAGAUGAUAGUGCUGGAGAUUAUAGUGCUGAAGAUUAUGGUGAUGUAGAUGAUGAUGUAGAUGAUGGUGAUGUGGAUGAUGGUGCUGUAGAUGAUUAUGCUGUAGAUGAUGGUGAUGUAGAUGAUGGUAACGUGGAUGGUGGCGUUGACGAUUUAAAAAACAUUAGCACAAGACAGUGCUUCGCGAAGCGGAGCCUAGGCGGCCCGCAGCGCCGCUCGAGGGCCGAAGGCCCGAGAGAAACGUCAACUCGGCGAAGCUGA